CCCAAAUGAGUUUUCAGCGAUCAAACAGCCCACAUUGCAGAGCAGACCCUCUAGUAAUCAGCUGGAAUCACCCCUGUGAGCGAUGGAGGAAAUAAGUGUUGAAUCUGAAUGUCCUUGGACAUCUCACAGAAGUCCCAGAAGCUCACAGAGGAGAUUUCACAGAGCUGUUGAUUGGUUUCUGGUGCCCCUGAGUUUUCUCUUUCUGGCUGGUAUCCUCGGCCUCACCCUCCACUGCCACGACUUGGUUCGUCAUUCAUCGACAGAAGGCAAUCUUACCGAGCGUCUCAAGGACAGAGAGAACCAGCUGUCCUCCCUGACUGAACAGAGAGACCUGCUGAAUGCCAACCUCACUGAAAUGACUAAAGAGCUGGAAAGACUUCAGAGAUUGUUCAACCAGAAGAACAUUUGCACUGAGGGAUGGAAGUUUUUUCGUCGUUCCUGUUAUCUCUUCUCAACACAGGCUAAGACUUGGGAAGAAAGCAGACAAGACUGUAGAAACAGAGGAGCAGAUCUGGUGAUCGUGGACAGUAUUGAAGAGCAGGAAUUCAUCACGGACAACAUCGAGGAUUACAAUUGGAUUGGUUUGAGUGACAGUGACAACGAGGGCAUCUGGAAAUGGACGGAUGGCACUCCGCUGACUCAAGCGUACUGGGCGAGAGGUGAGCCUAAUAACGAUGGUGUGAUUCCUAAAAUUGGCGAAGACUGUGUUCAUCUCUACAAUGACAGGAUAAAAGAAGAAAACUGGAAUGAUGUGAGCUGUAGUUUAUCCAAACGGUGGAUCUGUGAAAAAAAGAGUAGCAGUUAUUGAGUGUUGUCGUCCUCAUUUACACUGUCUAUUAUUCAUAUGCAAAGGCUUAAUGUGCAUCGUUGUAAUUCUUAAAGAUAGAGUGAUAACAAUUAGUGGUUACUCUUUAUUUUACUGUAAACAAACCAUGACAUGAUCAUCAUUAUUAUUUAUUAUUAGUGCUAAUAUGUAUAUUACUUUGUCUUUUUUUGUUGAAUAACAUUUCAUAUGAUAUCAUGGGAUUAGCAUUAAAUCACAUAUGAACACAUACAAAAAAUUCAAAACGUAACUCAAAGUACAAAGGUAAAAAAACAUACAAGAGGGAGAACAAAAUUAAAUGAAGCAUAAAGGUUCAGUCUACUCCUACAUGGGUUAGGGUUAGGGUUAGGGUUAACCCCUGCAAUAAUUCAGAAACAGACUCGUUUAUGGAUCAGACAACCUCUCGUCAGUAAGAACUGAUAAUCAUUCAUCGUACCAAAUUGUUAAUGUGGUCGGAUAUACAUCAAGCCAAACAUGCAGGAUUGAAAGACUGCACACAGCAUGAUACUGAACAUGUUUGACUUUUGACCAGACAUGAAGCUUAUACCAAGAAUACAUAUGUUUGGAUCUAUUAAAUGAUAAUAUGUGCCUACUUGAGUUUUUCCAACAUGUUGCAGAGCAUGUGUCAUCAUAUUUUAUUCUCUAUUUCAGGAAUCACAUUGAAUUUAUGAACUAUCUCAUGUUGGGUUUCAUGGGAACUUUUCUUGCCACUGUAAGUUUUGCUAAAAUGUUGCUAAAAGUGCUACACUCAUGAUGGAUUAACACUGGGUCUUUGUAAUAUAUCAAUGAGUAAGGUCGCUUACCUGCUUUUGCAAAGUGUCUCAAGAUAACAGACACUUGAAUUGCUAUACAAAUAAAGAUUGAUUGAUUGAUCUGA